CUAACACAGAUUUAACCAAAUUUAUGAACAAUAUUUGAGAGAAAUAGGCAUUUUGCGUUCAUAGAAAAUGUCUUAGAUCUUUGAUUUCAGCUCAUGAAAAAUGGGAGCAAAAACGAAAGUGUUGCGUUUAUAUUUUUGGUCAGUGUAAUUCUCUCUAUCACCCUGCAAAGCAGCCCUCUUCUUUUUCUUCGUGUCGGACUUCAUAGCCACUCGGCGCUUUUUGUACUGCCGGUCUUGAACGCCUCUUUAUUUGCAGAAAGCUCAGCCCGUCAUGCAGCAGCAGGAAAUGGAGGAGCUGAGAUGAUGACGAGUGCGUCGCUGCAGCAGAGAGAGAGAGAGAGAGAGAGAGAGAGAGAGAGAGAGAGAGAGAGAGAGAGAGAGAGAGAGAGAGAGAGAGAGAGAGAGAGAGAGAGAGAGAGAGAGAGAGAGAGAGAGAGAGAGAGAGAGAGAGAGAGGCAGCAGAACUGGGAGGGGAAACCACCAGCAGGCAGCGACAGGCGACAGCGACAACUUUAAACACUUUGGUCUCGUGCAUCAACAGCUGAAGAUGAGCGACGCGAAUCAGCCCAAAGUUGAACUUUUUGUGAAGGCUGGGAGCGAUGGUCAGAGCAUCGGCAACUGUCCCUUCUCCCAGCGUCUCUUCAUGGUGCUGUGGCUGAAAGGAGUCACCUUCGAUGUUACCACAGUGGAUAUGAAGAGGAAGCCAGACAUCUUGAAGGAUCUGGCUCCAGGUGCCCAGCCUCCCUUCCUGUUGUACGGCAGCGAUGUGAAAACGGACACCAACAAGAUCGAGGAGUUCCUGGAGGAAAAUCUCUGCCCUCCAAAGUAUCCCCGUCUGGCUGCUCGUAACCCAGAGUCCAACACAGCAGGCAUGGAUGUUUUCUCCAAAUUCUCGGCUUACGUCAAGAACUCAAACCCUCAGGCCAACGAAACUCUAGAGAAAGGCCUGCUGAAGGCUCUGAAGAAGCUGGACGACUAUCUCGGCUCCCCACUUCCUGACGAGAUCGACGAGAAUAGCACCGAAGAGCUCACUUCCUCGUCCCGCCCCUUCCUGGACGGCCAAGAGCUUACUCUGGCUGACUGCAACUUGCUGCCUAAGCUCCACAUCGUGAAGGUGGUGUGUUUAAAAUACCGAAACUUCAGCGUCCCUCAGUCCUUGACAAACCUCUGGAGGUACCUGAACGCAGCGUACGCCAGAGAAGAGUUUGCCUCCACCUGCCCGAUCGACGAGGAGAUCCACAUCGCCUACUCCUCUGUAGUUAAAGCUCUCAAGUAGGAGCCCAACAGGAUGCACAAGUCAUGAAUACACCAGCACAAAAACGCACAUUUACUCACCUGCACACACUCACCUGCACACACUCACCUGCACACACACUCUGCAAGCAACUUGGUCGAUCUUUUUCUCUAGAAGCGUUCAUUGCAUCCAUAUAGUCAUUUUAAAAGCUUUAAAAGUUGAUGCAUUACCACGCGUCCUUUUUCUUAAACUAUUGAAAGUUUUGUGAAUUAAGGGAAAGAAUUUCUAGACAUUGGUCAUCGGAUCCAUAUAUUUUGUGCAAAAAUAGAAAAAGACUUUUGAUAUUUAUUUUACUAAAAGUUAGUAAAUAUGCUACGUUACGCUGUCUGCAUGUGUGUCCGCAGUUGAGUAACUGUUUCACGCGCCACUUGCCUCGAGACCGCGCGAAGGUCGUAUGCGUGCGUAUACAUUGUCAGUUUUGUAAUCGACCUUGAUUUGUGUCUCGAACUAUGUUGUUUGGUCCUUGAAUUUUAGGGAGUUUGGCCUGGAAAGUAUUUGAAUUUGAUGUUUAAGAAGGUGUGGGAACCUUGUUGAUACCAUCUUGUUAUAACGGUAAUCAAUUAUCUGGUUUACUAUUGUCAAACUAUACUCUUAGGUUUGCUUCAGGGGUGUUUAUUCGUUUAGUUUCCCUGAUUUUUGUUUGCCACGCGGAUCAGUUUACAUCCGGAGGGAAACGAGGAAGCACAGGAGGCAGAUAAGUUGACGUAAAAACAAACUUAAAAAUAUUUACCUCCUUUAUGAAAUUAAUGAAUGAACGAACGAUCGAUCGUGUUGCUUGCAGGCUCGCUCUCUCUCGUACACACACACUUAGAACUACAGCCUUGCUUGUGUACAGUUCCACCAUCAGUAGAGACACGCUGUUAAGUUGUUUCUUCUCUUCUUGGCGACGUUUUCGACAGUAUAUCUUUGUAUUUUGUGGCGGGGAGAAUUCAACAGACACAAAGCUGCCUACCAGAUCAAAGUUUCACUAGUACCUUGUAAGCCUCACACAAGCUGAUUCAACUCUUUAUUUUCAGUCUUGGUAUUAAGGAAGUGUUUUUUAUUUUGAAGGUUACAACCAUGCUUACCAGCGUCAGCUCACCUGCCAAAGUGUCUUGCGGUUUGUCUGUAAUCACAGAUUCUUCACAUUGACUUUAUUACAAAUUCAAAUCGACAGUUUCUUAUUCUUCACCUCGGAGAGGAAGUGGGGUGCUUUUCCUCGGCGGCCGGCAGACCAGUUCUCGCUUUAGGGAAGCAGAGCUGAAAACAGUUAGAGACAGGAUGCAAUUUCAAUAGACUCGGGCUUCCCCUUUCUGCGCUCCCACAGCAGGCGUGAUGGAUUAUUCCAGAUUACCGAGCUUGUUUGUGAUCCGCUGUCGGGGCCCUUUGCCAACAGUUUAUUUUGUCAUACGCGAGGGAGAUCAGGUUGUGAGUGUAUCGAAGAGGCUGUGUAUGAAGAAGUUAACUGCUAACUGCUAAAAGGCUACAUUAACAGCACUUGUACUGCCUCCUCGGGUCGCUCACUGUUCUGCCACAUGUUUCUCAUUAGUGGGGAAAAAGAAGUUAGAUGUACACAUGCACAAUGUUUAAAAUUAAAAUCACACUUGCAGUUCUAGAUUGCCGUCCAUUAUUAAUUUAAGGAUAAGGUUGGCAGUAUUCUACGUCUCUUAUUGUCAACAAAUCCCGUAUGAAUAUAUGAAUUAUCCGACCCUGUGUGUGGAACUCAAGCACAUUCAUUCAAAAUGUGUCACAAACGUAUACAUUUCCUUCAUGCAAAGUAGUUUCCUAACGCUGCAGGGCUCUGUAGUUUUUAGCAAACGUCACUCAAACAGUAGUAAAUGGUGUAUUUGUUAGAGUAUUUUUACCUGUGGAUUAAUGCACAUUGUGUUUUAAUGGGUAUUUAAAAGAGAAGAAAUCUCUUUCAACAGAUAUCUGCACAUGAAUGCGGACAAGAUUUUGGUAUUGAAAGCGUUCUGGUUUCUGUUUGUAGUCCGAGAACUGUUGAACAAUCACGUUUGGCUCCACCGGAACCCCAGAAAUAUUAGUAAUAAAAUAACAUGUCACCCAGUGCAACGAUGAGGAUCAUUCGUUUCUAGCUCUAGGGAUGGAUUUUGUCGGUUCAUGUGAUUUGUUGACAAAUUAGAAACGUUUAAAUAUCACCUAUCCUUAAAUUAAAAACCUUGUAUACUUUGUGAUUGCAGGCUGUCACUUAACCGCCAUGUGUCGCCAGUAGGAUUAAUCCACUCUUAAAUUUGCUAGUCUGAAAUAACUAGUAAAAGUGACUUGAAAUUGAAGCGCUGGGAAGAACUGGAAACCAUAACGACACGCCUUGUCCGACUGUCGCGGCAGCUUGUGUAGACUAUUUAAUUAAUGGCAAAUAUACAAAUGAACAAUUACAGAGGCUAUUUGCAAUUAAAACUUCAUUUAUACAGUAGGUUUGUUCUGAGCUCAAGAUGGCCUAAUUAUGCGUCAUGUCUCUCGGAAAAGGGUGAAACUCUUAAAAAAUUUAAAAUGGACCCAAGUGCAAUUCAAGCCGAUUUGAAAAGACUAUCCUGUACACAGACGGUGAUUAUCUUAAACGUCCAGUGAGCAGAGUUGGUUACUUUUCUACAUGGUUUUAAAUGCAUCUUACCUUGAGGUGUAAUGCAAGACAAGUGUUGAUCAAAGAGAUUAAGCUGUAUAUUUUAUAUUGACUGAACUGUUGUGAAAUUUAUACAAAAACUGGGACAACGUUUUAAAGGGAUUCUGUCUGAAUAUUUUCAGCGCCGAUGUAUUUUAGUGUGGAAGAGUUUUUAACUUCUUACUGUCGGACUUGAUUCACUUUCAGGGACCAUUUAACUUGAUGUAUUCAUUAAAAUGUCACUUUCUUUAGUUUGUUUUCACUUCACUGUUUUUAACUUCUUUUUUUAUCUUCAUGACAUGUGUUCUUUUUGUUUUGAGACUCGUAUUGUGCUUUUUACUUUGUUUCCCACCCCUAUGCCUUCCCCUACAAAUAUUUUAACCUUUUUAUUUUGUACUUUUUCAUGUCAGGUAGUCAAAAGCAGUUGCACUUAAAAGUCCACAGGAUCCAAACAGUGGUGUGGACACUAAACCAGUAGAUUCAAAUAAUCGAUGAAGACAAUCAAACUAGUAACACAUCUGAAAUGUAUUUUGUACUUCGAAGCCCUUUACAAAGACACGUUUAUUAAUAUCCCAAUAAAGAAAUAUCUUGAUAAUAAAUCAA